AUGGAUAACAGCAGUGGUCCUGUUUUUCUCCUUACCUUGCUCCUGCUGCAGAACACGAGCAGCCCCAAAGCCUCCACCUCUCCUGCUGGCUACGAGAUGGCAGAACCUCCACCACCAGGAGCCGGCUCCAGCAUGAACCACUCUCUGGUAGAAUAUGGGCUGAGGCCGGGGGAAAUCACAGCUGCCACCGUGGUUUGGGGAGCUCUGUGGCUGAUCUCUGUCCUGGGAAACUUCCUUGUCUGCUUAGUGAUCCACAGGAGCAGGAGGACACAGUCCACCACCAACUACUUUGUGGUGUCCAUGGCCUGUGCAGACCUCGUGAGCAGCGUGGGGAGCGCGCCCUUCUUGCUGCUGCAGCUGAGCUCUGGGCAGUGGAUGCUGGGCAGCAGGGUGUGCCAGCUGGUCAGAUACAUCCAGUACCUCACGCCUGGAGUCCAGAUCUAUGUGCUCCUCGCCAUCAGCGUGGAUCGAUUCUACACUCUCAUCCAUCCUCUGAAUUUCAAAGUGUCAAGGGAGAAAGCCAAGAGAAUGACUCUGGUCUCUUGGCUCUGUGGUGCUGUGUUUGCAUCACCAGCCUGUUUUCUCUACGGCUUCAACAGCGACCACCACUGCAACUUUUUCCUCCCCAGUUCCUGGCUAGGAACUGCCUCUGGUGUCAUCCACCUCUCAGUGCUGUUGCUUUUGAUCCCAUCACUUCUCAUUAUCCUCGGCUACCAGAAACUCUUCACCUACAUUUGGAGAAGUGGCACUGAGGACACAGCUGGCAGGAGGACAAUGAAUCUUGUCUCAAGAAGAAAAGUGAAAACUGUCAAGAUGUUUUUCAUUUUUGUCUUGGAUUUUCUCCUUUCCUGGCUCCCUUUUUUCACAGUACAGUUGUGGCACCCAGAGGAAACAGACUACAGAAAGAGCUCCUUGCUUUUCCUGGCCAUCACCGGGAUCUCCUUCAGUUCCUCAGCGUCUAAACCAACCCUCUUCUACAUCUAUAAUGCAAACUUCAGAAGAAGUAUGAAAGAAAUUUGUUGCAUGUGCAAAUAUCCCAGAAGCAACAUCUACACCAUUGCUACCAGUUCCAGUACAGCCAAAAAUAAUCACAUUGGGAUCACAGAUAUCGCAGCAGCAUCCCAACCUCACCAAAAGCUCCACCUGUGA